AUGGAAGCUUUUAAGUUUUCAGGAAAAAAAGUGUUGAGCACGGUGUUUUCAGAUUUUAACAACAAACUGGUGAUAGCUGUGAUGCUGAGGAACACGUCUCUCCUGCAGCCCAUGAACAUCUUGAUCCUCAUGAUCGCCACACGUGGCUCGCUGGUCGCCACCGCCACAAACUACCAGGGAUCCUACUUUGCAGGCCACGCUCCCUGUGUUUUCCAGGGAUUUUCUGUGAAUCACUUCAAUUUAGGGAAGAAAAAUCUUGAUAAACCUCCAGUUUAUCACUUAUAAAGCUCCUACAGUCCCGAAGGCGUCCAGAUGUCCUGCUCUCUGGCGUGGGAGGAGAGGUUGUGGAGCAACUACAGCUGCCUCAAUCUGCACACACUCCUCUGUUUCAUUGUACAUGUUACCAUCAUCAUCUACUCCCACUCCCAUGUGCUGAAAUUCUUGAGAAAGAUGGACUUUCUGACCAGGAGCCUGGAGCUGCAAGGCGGCCGUUCCAGGAAGAGUGAGGAUGAUCACGCCAUCGCCGUGGUCCUGGCGAUGAUAACAGCCCUUGUGUGCUGGCCGCCUUGCUCGGCCUUGUCAGCGAUGGAUCCAGAGCUGCGCGUUCCUCCUCUCAUUACAACUCUGCCCAUGUACUUUGUAAAAAUCAGCCUGGUACACAACCCCAUCAUCUGCUUCUGUUCCAACAAACAGGUGAACAGGAACACUGUGCAUUUGAGAUGUUCCGUGAGUGUGUUGUCGUGCAGGCGUUCUGUUCCCAGAGGCCCCGCCGGCGUCAGCAUCCCUCUGAGCUCCUUGAACAGGGGGAGCUGUCUGUCUUCCAGGAGCAGGAGCGCCAGCACGCGUAGCAAGGUGUUGCCUCUGUGA